UGCUCGCUCAAUCGACCGGCGCCGCUGCUGUUGCUGGCUCACUCCCUCCCUGCCUCUUUCAAGACAUCUAUCUCUCUAUGUGCAUUGAAUAGUGGUGGUGGUGCUGCUGCUACCAGCUAGCGGUCAACCUCUCGCUAUUGGUUGCUGCUGCUGGCGCCGUGCGUGCGUGUGUUGUGUGUGUGCGGCAGCUGGUCGCGGUCGUGGCAGCGGUGCUGCUGUACAUCCACAACGACCGAACGCCGACCAUCACUACAACUAUAUAUUACUACUACUUUUAUUAUAACUAGCAGCGGCAAGAGCGCCGGUCUGGCCGGAGAGACAGACCGACCGACAACGGCGACUGAUCAACGCUGGCAGCAGCAGCAGCAGCAGCAGCAGCAGAAGCCUGCUGCUACUUCUAGCAUCGUCGAAUUGAGAGAGCCAGUCGACUGAGUAAGCUGCUAGCAAAGCAAGCAAGCACGCAGGCAGGCAGGCAAACCAGUUUGUUGUACAGUCCGUGUCUGCCUGUAUAACAGCGGCAGCAGCAGCCGCAGCAGGACUGACCCCCUCUGCCUGGCUCUGUGUCCGUGUACGCCUGUGCUGUUACUAGUAGCGGUCGAAUAAGCAACCGGCUGCCGCCAGGUAAGCAAAAAGCAAGCGGGGCAGCAGGCAACAGCAGCAGCAGCAAGCGGCCUACCUACCUACUGCCGACCAAGCAAACGAGCGACGAGUUGUUGUUUGUCGAAUAGCGGCAGGCAAAGCGACUACAGUGGCGGCAGAAGAAGCAGCAGCAUUAACAGCAGCAGCAGCAUCAACAACAGCAGCAGCAGCAGCAAAAGUAACAGCAACAGCAGCAACUCACUCCAUCGUAGUUUAUCCCUGAGCAUUGUUCGUUUUCGUUGGUGUAUUUGUGUGUAUGUGAGCUCUGAGAGCUGUGAGUGUACUGGCCUAGAGCUGUGCCUUUCCGCCGUGUGCACUCUGUACUGCUGCUGCUGUAUGUGUGUAUGCUGUGUUUGUGUAGCGGUGCAGGACAACACGAAAACAAAACGAAUACAACGGUAGAGGCAAGCGGCGAUGAUGAUACACGCAAUACGAUGGUGGUGGCGUUUUGCCUCCAUAUCGUCCAUGUAGUACUGCGGCCUGCUGCCUAGCGCUGGACGAAGCAAUACCAGUGAAAAUAUCGCUAGUCCUUCCAGAUUCAGUGAGAAAGAAUCGUGCCACAACCGCGGCCAAGUGUGUGUCAAACCCGUUGAUAGAAAGUCAGAUCAGUUCGUGCUAGUGAAGCAGAGUCGUCACAGGCGCUCAACUCAGCAGCAGCAGCAGCAACUCGUCAGCGACGGAAACGGCCUGCCGCUACUGCUGCCUCAAGAUAUGCAACUAUAGGCCGAAUCCAGCCAGGCCACACCGCUGGCAAUUGACGAGUCAACAACUGCCUUGAUUGAAACGAAAGCAAUUAUUUAAAAUAGACCGAGCGACCAGCAGAACACAGUGGGAUUGCUAAUAAAUACCCAGUCGGAGAGAGCUAGGACAACGGUUGGAGCGGACCAAACAAGGCAAAGCAGGGCAAGGCAAUGUAAAACAAGGCGGACGAUCACGACACACCGCCUCGACCUGACCAAGUAAGCUGUCGGUGAAUGUGUGUUUGUUAACGUCACUCUGUGUUCCUCUAUGCAUCAGUGAUUCUCUCUCAACAACAAAACACACCGACAACAGGCUGCUCGCCAUACACAGCAUUCAAUAUGCGUACAGCGCGUCGUGUAGCAGCUUGAAUCUGAAUCUACCGCAAGCACCAAGCAAACGAACUAGAUAGCCGUGAAGCCCCCAGUGAGUGAGUCGCCCCGCUCCCAUUUUGUACAGGCCCCAAACGAAGACGCGGCUAGAGCAAACGACAACAAUAGUAGCUUGGAGCACAUUACUGACCGGCACUAAAAUCGAUCGUUGAUUUUUUCAGUGAUCUCCGUCGUCUUGCUGGUAUUGCACUCUGUCGUAUUUCUUUUACCGAAGACGACAAACUCCUGAGAGAAUUGCUGGCUCGCCAUCUCCGCUGCUAUUUCUGCUGGUGGUUUACAAAAUAAAAAGCAGCCCUGCCUGGGUCCUCAUAAAAUUCUGCUCUACAAGAACUUGAGUAGAAGCAGUAGAAAAUCACAGACAAAAUCUACCAGCCAGUCAACUGCCGGGCAGCUUAAUUAGCAGGCGUUGUAGCAGUUUGUUCACUACCGGAAAAUUCGCCCGUGACAACAAAAAAACGUCGACAAGGAAGAAAAAUCUACGGUCAGUUUGCAACGUUGAUUUGAUUGGGGAAUCAUCAAAUUGGAGUUAUCUUACAGUAACAACACAACGUUGGAUACAGAGUUGGUGCAGUGAUACUGUGCAAACGGAAGAAGAGGAGCUAAGCUGAGAUUGAGUAGAAAAUUUGCAAAUUCCGCGAGGUAGGCGAUUUCGUUUCGCCCCCCCAUCCCCUUCCCCGCCCCUGCCCCUGCCCCUCCACCCUCGCCCCUCUGCGUAGGAUACACCCCAACAUCUAACGAGAGAUCAUCAUACACACCCAGGAUAUUGUAGUGCUGUGCAAGUGGACGCAAGUUUGCGACCACUCUUUUUUUCUAUAUCUCUUCUAUUAUCUACAACGUAUCCUCCCUUUCGUCCAAGUCCGGGCUGCCAUCUCUACGUCCUUCAUCUAUUCAAAGGAUAUACAUCUUGAUGAGAUCUAUUGUUGAUUGAUAUAAUUCGGUUAUUGUGUGCGUUGCGUUAUCGUAUUGUGUGCGUCGUUAUAUAGUGCGUCUGUUCAUUUGGUGGGUGGGAGCGCCAAUUAGUUCUCAACAGUGUAGCGUGUUGUGCUCAAUCCUAUCAUCGUACGAGUCGUAGCGAGUAUAUCGCAGGAUCAUUGGAUCUUCAGUCACAAGAAUUGUGUAUUUUUACCUACGCUGGAUCACUUAAUAAUUAUUGUACCAAUAUAUGCUACCAUCGCAUAAUAGUCGAGUACGCCCCGGCUAGAACAACUGGCUUUUAUCAUCUGUUGCCAGUCAAAUAGAUCACCACCACUACUACAGCUACUGCUACUGGAUUCCCUUGGAUUUCAUACUUGUGCAGCAUUUGAAUGUCGACGGGCCGAGGAAAGUGAUUUUACCGUGCGUGGAAAAUUAUAUCUUAAAAAGAAGAAAAAUUAUUGUGAGUGUGCAUAUGUGCUCUUUUAACAACAACACCAGCAGCAACCAAUCGAAAGGAAGUGUUUAAUGUGCUAAAAGCUUAAGGAAGGCUUUAUUGUGCAGUGCAAAAGAUAUCUAAAAAAUAAUAGGAAAAGUAUGUGAGAAAGAAAAGGAGAUAGAUAGAACGACUAGUUUAUAGCGAUCCUGAUCGCCGGGUUCGACUUUCCUUUUUGGCGAACAAUGGAAAGACUUUAGACGGAAAAGUGACUGUUAAGCCAGCGAGCUCAGAGUGCCCCUACUGAGUCUCGAGUGAAAUAGUUGUAAUGGCAGCUCGUGCCGACAGUGAGCAAUAGGCCAACUUAAGGUCUGAGAUCACUACGGAGAAAUAUCUAAAGGACACAAAAUAAACAUACAGUGCAAAACUCAACUGGAAAGCUAGAUCAUCCUGCCGUGUGGGAGGAACCACUAAACCAGGAGGCUAUACGCGGACCCAUAGGUUGCCGUUGGUCAUCUCAUGUCAGCGGGCUAUAGACCCGUCCAAGCUGGUGAGAUGGAGCGCCGAUUUUCGGCAUUCAUGCCGAAAUCGGCCUAGACGCCCUCAGCGGCACCGCCUUCCGCGGCCAAAGCCUGGCCAGGAGGCUUAGUGCGCCGGGCCGACGAGAUCUAACCAGGCAGGUAUCGCCGAGCUGUGAAGUUGGAGCAGCAGGCCGCGAAGCCUGCGCCGCUCGGUUGAAGUCACGGCGGAAGCCAUGAACGCCGAACAUGCUUGAACGCAUCGGAGGGCGUCUUGCUCUGUCCACUUCUGACCAUGGUUAGGGAGACCAGGCACCUUUGGGUCGGAAACCUUCCCGACAACCUACGCGAGGAGCGGAUACGGGACCACUUCAAACGGUACGGCAAGGUGCAGAAUGUAAAAAUUUUGUCCCGCGAUGAAAAUGGAGCCGCGGCUUGUACAGUAUCGUUUAUCGACAUCCGCUCGGCGGCAAAGGCCCAUAACGCGGAGAACAAAGUGGACGAAUGGUUGCUCAAGACGGACUACUACGAGCCGCCGUCAUCGGCCGCCGUGUCCGCGUAUGGUUCGGGAGGGACAGCAGUUGGAUCUGGUUCGGAUGGUAGCGGCGGGGGAACACACAAUCGAAGUAAAGGCGGCCAGAAUGCACCUACAUGUGGAUCUCAGAGCCCGUUCGCGACAGCUGGUACGACGUCACGCGGGGGCGUUGCUGGCGUCGAACCUCCGACGUCAAACGUUCGAACAACGGGCACACGGUACAAUACGUCAGCCCAUGACUCCAGCGAUCGAGCAUACGGUGGGUAUGGUGCGUAUAGUGCUGAACGGGCGGCCGAUUUUGGGCGAAGAGUGUCGCAGGGUUCGACGGCGAGUGGUGCGUACCAUGAAGAUGAGACGAGUACAACGUCAUUUCGUGCCCGGACGCACUUCCGGAGAAGCGCCGCAAUGGACGAGGAUAAAGAUUCACCGGCGUCAAACGCCACUAACCAAGCUAUCGCCAGUACAGGCGGCAACUCCGCGCCGAGUAGAAGAAGUCGGGCCGCAGCUCGCCGAAGCAAACAUCAUUCAGGUUCUGAGUCCAGCUCUAGAAGUUCAUCGGGCGCGUCAUCGAAGGGACGGUCAAGUUCGAGCGGUAGUAGCCAUCGUUCGAUAUCACCGUCGCAGAAGUCACAAUCACCAACGACAUCAUAUGGCAGUCAAGCAUCUGGAAUGCGAGCGAUCUCGGGAACUUCCGGAAGUUCUGGCCAGUCAGCGUCAUCACUCGGACAGCUCGGACUUAGCCAGUUGGCCGAUGGCGGGUUGGAUCGCGAACCCUGUGAUCGGGAUCGAGAUCGCGACGGACUUCACGAAAAGCGGCCGCUUGGCAUCUGCGUUCGAAACCUUCCCGUCCGAUCAACGGACACGAGCCUUAAAGAUGGCCUGUUCCACGAGUACAAAAAGCACGGCAAAGUCACUGUUGUAAAGGUGAUUGGACAAGGCACGGACCGCUACGCAGUAGUCUGUUUCAAAAAGCCCGAAGAUGUCGAGAAGGCGCUCGAAGUAUCAAAGGACAAGCUCUUCUUCGGCUGCAAGAUUGAAGUAAAAGCCCACGAGGGUCUGGAUGGCGAGGACAAUGAGUUCCGUCCGCUCGAGGCAGAGCUAGACGAGUAUCAUCCGAAGGCAACCCGCACCUUGUUUAUCGGCAACCUGGAAAAGGACAUCACAACGUCAGAGCUACGAAAGCAUUUUGAAGGAUUUGGGGAAAUUAUUGAGAUAGAUAUAAAAAAGCAAGGCUCAGCCUCGUCGUACGCCUUCAUCCAGUACUCGGAUAUCGCCUCGGUCGUCAAGGCGAUGCGUAAGCUGGACGGAGAAAAUCUCGGUGCCAACCGCAUCAAACUGGGUUUCGGCAAGUCAAUGCCAACGAUGUGCGUCUGGCUAGACGGGAUCGCCGACACGGUGAAUGAGAAAUUUCUUGCCAGACAAUUCUCUCGCUACGGUCCCGUAACCUACACUGUGAUAGAUCGAGAACGAGGGCACGCCCUUGUCUAUUUCGACUCGCUUGAUUGUGCACAACACGCCGUCUCCGAGAUGCGGGGUCGGGCUUUAAACGGCAAGCGACUUCAAGUGGACUUCGCGUCGCGCGAGUGCCAGUCCACCUUUUUUGAGCGGAUAGAAAGCUCGGGUCAGAUUGCCCAGGGCGACAGACCAUGGAUCAGCCGCGGCGGACGUGUGGCACCCGUGCUUCCGCCUGACUACGAUCGUGAACGAAACAACCUCCGAACUGAACAGUUUGAACAGCAGUCACGCUAUUCUCGUUACGAUGCGCCACCGCGGUCACGGUCAGCAAGCAACAGUACAUUUCGAGCAGUCGGCACGAGGGCGACUGGCGCGACUACCAACCCAGCGACGACGAAUCGUGCCGCACGCACGGGUUUUAGCUCGACACCACGCUAUGAUAGUUAUCAUGACGACUUUGAGCGGCGCAAUUCCCACCGAUUCUCCGAAAAGGAAGACUCGUUGGAUGAGGUGGUGCUUUACGAAGAUCGGAUCGAGCCGGAAUGGCGAACGUCAGGUUCGAAGGCCUCGAAGAUUCAUCGGAACUCGAUGAGCGAUCAUGAGGAUAGCCACCAUAGCGGUGGGUCACCUGUCCGACAUCACAGUCGAAGUCCACCUGUUGUGAAGAAGAAACGGCAUCGUAAGACGAGUGGCGGUUCGUCACGGAUGAGCAGUCCCGUCGAGAUGGACGUUAGCACAGGCGGAUUGGGAACGACGGGUGACGGAUGCAACCAGCACAACGCUCAUAAGGUAGUCGAUGGUCAGCGGCGUCGCAGUGAUCCAGCAUUCACGGACGCCUCAUCGCCUAGCCAGCUGGAACGCAAGCGACGCCUACUAGGCGUCGCCGCCGCCGCACCCUGCGAAGAGGCCGAUUCGAGCGACCACAGAAGAAAUAAGUACCUGAACACGAACACGAAGCAUGAUAUUUUGAGUUCAAGUGACAGCGAGUCAGGAAGCGUGAAUGACGUUCGCCUCAAGAAGCGGUUACAUCACAGCGCUAGCAUCUCGAGUAUCGUCUCGCAAACUCAAUCGGUCUCGUCGAGCGUCGCCCGAACGCCGACGGGUCACACGUCCUCGAAACAGAGCCGACCUCAUCAAAUAACCAAAGAAAUUCCGAGCAGCAUCAUCAAGAAGCAUGGCUCGGCACCCCUCAAGGAGGGCGUCGAGAACGGAUUGCGGGGACAUACUUCUUGCAACGACUCCAUCGCGAGGCGCGAUCCUCGUCAGGCCAGGCUGUGGGCGUCGGCCGGGUCGAUCGAGCAGACCUUAUCGCGAAGUAACAGUAGUGGCAGCACCACAGCGACAGCAAGUCUUGGCAAGCAGCAGCAUCACAAACGGAGCACAGACGAAGAGGAUACUAUGUCGGGGGUUGUCACCGAUAGUGGCCGUAUUCCCGAGCCAACGCUCUGCGGGGGCUUGCAGCUAGCUCCCGUGUCGGGUGCCACGUCCAAGCGGCCCGUCAUGGUUCUACCGCUGCCUAGAUUUGCUUUCUCGUUCUCCCGAUCUCCUUCACCUUCGAACCAUCAUCUAAACAGUCAUCAUUACGACACAUCCCAGAGUGCCUUGAGCAAGCAGCAACAGCAGACGUCCACCACCGUCGCCGCCAGUGGGUCAAGUACAGCAACAGGGACAACAACAGCAACAGCAUUAAAUGCUGCUAGUUCUGUACCAGCGACACCAGUAGUAGCAGGUAGCACACUACAGGGCGGUGGGCAAGUUUCCGGUCAAAUUCCAGUAGGACCGCCAGCAGCCGCUUCUGCCGGCGGACAUUUCAGUCUCUCUGAUUCGGAAUGUUCUUCACCAUCUCUCGUUGGGGGUGGCGGCCAUGGUUCGGCGCAUUUUACUACCAGCCAUGGUCACUCCGCUUCGCACGGUGGCCUCUCAAGUCGGCCGUCCAUCGAGGAGCGUAUUAAAGCACUGGACGAAAGAUGGCCUACGCCAGCGUCUGCGUCCUCAGCGACCUCAGCGACAGCAGUGAAUGCGUCCGCGGGCAGUAAUACGGUACAGCGCUCACUCUCCAACACGCAGACGGACAAUCCCCCACCACCACCGAUUGUGAUCGAUUACCAGAAAUACAACAUCAAGAAGAGGCCGCGAUUCCCAGCGCUAGCACCCGCUUCUGAUAUCGUCAACAAGACCGAACCUUCCGAAAUUACCAAGUCUUUGCUGGCCAAACAGUCAAUCCUCGAUCAGGACUCGAAGCGGCUCGAGCACAUCAACGAGAAGUACGAGCCGAACAAGGCUGGAGGCGGCGACCCAUCGCUGGCGGUAGGUGCGGCCGGUCCUGGCCUGGCCGACCCCAAGGACUCGCUUCUUGCAACCGUCAUAAAGAAGGAACCGAGCGAUAGUCGGGAACAGCCUGCCGUGACGCCGGUUGCCCUAAACGUUGUACAGUCACCAGUUGCGCCAAUUACACCGACCAGCGCAUCGGUUGUGCUUAAAGCCGAACCUCAACUGCCGCCGGCCAACGCGGUCAUGAAUCCUAUAACAACACCUGGCUUAACGUCCUCCACUCCACAGCAGUCGCAGAAACCUGUUUUGCCAUUUCGCACGAAGGCUGCUGCCAAGGAGUUUUCAAUGCCAAAUUUGCCACCCAUGGGUGCACAGAGCCAGCCACUAUUUCCAUUCGGAAGUGGCUCGGAACGUAAUCAAGCAACGCCAACAGCGCAGGUCACUCCUCCGGUUAGCUCACCGGGUCCACCGCCUGGUGUUAAGGUUGAGGCGGUGUCAAACAUCAAGAAAGAGUUGUCGGCAUCUCCACCGCCGCAAACCAAUAGUCCGUGCGGCGGCGCCCCAACAUCGGGUAUGAUGUCACCAAAGGGUGCGAGUCUCUCCCAGCCUUCUCAGCAACAGCAACCCUUAGCCGUUGUCGAGAGGCUGCAGCAGAACGUAAAGAAGGAGCACCGGCCGUCGCAGGGCGGUACGAGCCCGCCCUUGAGCAUCUCUCGCAAGGAUAAAGAGGAUAAGGCCAGCAUCAAGAAAGAAAAGGACAACAAUAGUAAGGAGGACAAUAAGUCCAUUUCAAAGUUUAACAGGGACAGGGACCUUACGAAGGACUUCGGCAAAGCUAAAAGCCCGAAAGCCACUAGCUUGAAGAACAAGGAACCGCAGCCGUCUGAUGCGGAGAUGAGCGCUAACGCCACAUCGGGCAACACUGUGCAGCAAGUUGUAAAGCGACGCGUUUCUUCGUUAGACAGCAAUGAAUCGGAAUCGGCAAAGUCCACGAGGUCAUCUGAAUGCGGCGGCGGUGCCCGCGAAAAGUCGAGCGAGCCUGAACCAAAACGAGCGAAGCUCAGUACGAGCUCAUCGGGAAAGUCGAGCUCGACUGAGAGCGAAUACAAAACUUCUUCGUGCCGCAAAGACGACCUGCGCAAGGACCGCCAGGAGAAAGAUAAGGACUCACGUGACAAGGAGAAGAUAAAAGACAAGGACAAAACAGGCAAGGAGAAACCCGAUCGGGAGCAUUCGUCGUCGAAGCAUUCAUCGUCAUCAUCAUCAACCGCAUUGUCAUCAUCAAUCCUGAAAGACGAAGGUAGCAGUAGCAGUUCACAAAAGAAAGACAGCGUUGGAAAAAAGGAUCACCAUUCAAGCAGUAGCAGCAACACAAAGGACAAAGUCGACAAAAACAUGGACGGCGUAAAUGUCAACAAGAAGGACAAGGAAUCCAAAAUGAAGGACUCGUCGUCAAGCAGUAACAAAUACUCCUCGUCGUCAUCAUCAUCUUUUAAGGAUAAAGGACGCGACGACCGCGUUGAGAAAAAGGACAAGGAUCAGAAGGAGAAGAGUGACCGUGAGAAGCAUAAGGACAAAGAACGAAGUCGGCGUCAGGACAAGGAACACUCACGGCAAGAUAGCAAUAGUAAGGACAAGGACAGGGAAAGUAGACGGGACAAGGACAGUAUGACCACGGGUAGUGGUAAGGACAAAGAUCGAAAGGCUGAUGUGGACAGGGAUUCGAAAGAGACCAAGGAAAAGCUGCUUUCGAGCAACAAGGACAAGAUCCGAUCGACUGGCAUCGAUAAAUCGGAUAAGAUGGACAAAGAGAAGGACAAGACCGAUAAUAAAGAGCGCAGUAGCGACAAAUGCGACAAAACCGGCAGCAGCAGUGGUAGCAAACAAGAUCGCGAAGGAACCAGCAGUUGGGAAAAGAAGGCGAUGCAACGUCAAGCGAUUGCUAAGGAAGUCGCGGACGCAGCAGCAGCCGCAGGCAUACCAAUGGAAGAGCUCGGUUUCGUCGAUGGGGUACCCAUGUUCCUCUCCAUGUACGAUAAAGUCAAGCAACGUUCAUGCAAAAAUCAGCAACAACAACAGCCUGUGCACGACGUUAGCAAGGGUGACAAGUUCGGCAAGCUGAAACAGUCUCGUGCGCGCAAGAAGACGCUGGACUCAGACGCCAGUGAUGACUUCCUGCCCUCCGACGCAUCGAACUCGGAGACGGAGACGACGUCACGGCAGUCGCAUCCACACGUACAUCAGCCGUCGACACAUCAGCCACAGCAGCACCAACAUCAAUCGCAGCAUCAACAGCCACAACAACCACAGCAGCAGCAGCAGCAGCAGCAGCAGCAGCAGCAGCAACAACAACGAACAAAAAAUCGAAAGAAUUCAGUGAGUCACCCGCAUUCGAAAAAACGGAAGACGGUCAUUGAGAGCUCCUCCGAUGGUGAGACGCCUGCUAUGUCGAAGUCUACAACGGUCACCACGACUACGAGCAGCAGUAGUACGACCACACUGUCGAGCACAGCCGCCACCGCUGUUAAGGCGCCACCGACCUUGUCAAAGAAUCGGACCCGGCAGGCUUCGUCCGCACCGAAAGCUGCCGUCGCAUCGGAGUCCGAGGACAGUAGUGACGAAUCCACGAAACUGUCGACGAUCUUCCCGAAAAGUAAAGCCGAGCAACAAAAGAAGAUGGAUCUGUCCGAUCUUUAUUCGUCGGACUCAGCCGACGAUUCGGACAAGCUCACGACGCAAAAGCGGAAGAGGACGACGACAGCCAGCGUGGCGACGAAAAACGUAUUCGAAAGCUCCGAGGUGUCGAACGAUUCGUCUGCAAAGAAAGAUUCCUUGCAGAAUAAAGUCAAGGUUAGGAGAAAGCUCGAAAAGUCGAUCUUGUCCGACUCCGAGUCAUCUGAUGACGAGUCGAAAAAGAAGGAGCAACAGCAGCAUUUAAACAAAACUAAAAAGGAAAAAGAUCUAUCCCUAUUCAACAGCAAAGAUAACAGCAGCAGCAGCAAAGACGAGCCCAGUGUGGAACGUCUCAAGGAUGGAAAAGAUCGUAAGGAGAAAGAUGCGUCAGCUAAAAAGGAAAAGGAUAAUCGAGAAUAUAAAGAACACAGUGGAGAGUACAAGGAAGAACAGAGCAGGGUCAACAAGAAGAAGAAACUUAAGAAGAAUAAACAAUGUAAAGACAAGAAAACUGAUAGCCGUAGAGAGGGCAAAGAGAUCAACAAGGAUGACGAGUCAACCAAGAUCGCGACGAGCCAAAACGUGUCUGUCACCGUUGGAGGGAACACAGCUGCAUCGAGUCAGGCUCAGGGUAGCCAGGAAUCGGCGCAGCCAGCGAAGACGAGUUGGGCCCUUAAGGACCUCCUGGCGGAGUCCAUGAAGGCGUCCAAGGCGGCCCCUGUUGUACAGCGAACGCAACAUAACAAGCAGCAAGAUCCGAAAGAAAAGGAAGCCAAAGAGAUCAAGAUGUCGGAGCCCAUUGUCAAGUCAGCGGAGAGGAACAAGAGCACAGAGGACUCCGACAAUGAGCGAUCUGAAGCCGAACAAGCGUCCGAAGAUGAUUAUAUCAAUCCGCGCGCUCCAGCACCAGCCGGCAAUGAAUAUCAGAGCGAAAUAUCCGACAGCGAAUUACAUAGUGAGCCGAUCAUUAACAAUUUGGCACAGAAGGGGUCUCCGCCUCACGAUCGAAUCGAAAGUGAUUCAGAGUUGGACAGUAUCGUAAACGCUCUCAGCGGACCCGUAAGUAGCUAUGGCGAUUCGGAUCGUAUGGAUCGCCAACAAUGCGAGCUGUCCCCCAAAGUGGACGAACGCAGUGAUUCCGAACUGCCUACAGCUCCUGCGAACGAUUCGAGAAAGCACUUGGUGUCCGAUGUGGUGGAAGUGGUGCCUUUCGAUGCGUCCAACAAUAGCCAGUUUAACAUCGACCAUAAUAAGCAAGACAUGAUGAACAAAGUCGAUAAAGAUAACUCUUCGGCUAAUACUACUCUUAGUACUAAUAGAUCCGAUUCAAUAGCUAUUACCCGGCCCGGCGAAAAAGACCGCACCGAUCGAGACAAAGAGAAGAAACGCAAGGACAAAGAGAGUCGGCAUCACCACCAUCACCAUCAUCACCAUCAUCAUCGCAAGGACAAAAAGGAUAAGGACAAGCAUCGCGAUAAGCAGCUCUCUACUUCAUCGUUUUCGGCCAGUAGUAGCACCUACCAGCAACAGCAGUCACACUCGGCAGCUGGUUCCGAUUGUCGAGACAACCAGCCAAGCAUAGCAGCUGCAGCGGCCGCACUCAAAGAACGUGAUCCACAGCAGCAACCGCGGCUAUCUGCCGCAACGGCAGUUGUCUCCGUCUCGGGUACCAGCAGCAGCAGCAGUAAAGCAGUGUUCGAGGCAGAUGAUAGCAAAUUGUCAACAUCGGAGGAUGUACGUGCAGAUGAAGAUACCGUGGAAGAAGCACGCCGUCUCGAGGAGGAACUACUGGCUCCUGGUUCGGCUGAGACGAGCAACACGUUUGAGGCUGAUCUUAGCAAGAAGGAUGACAAAUCAAUCGAAGAGCGUCACUUCGAAGAAGAAGCCGCUAAAGAGACAAAGCGACUUGAGGAGGAGAUGUUCUCCAGUCGCGAUGAUGCAUGGCAAGAAGGCUAUGAUAAAGAGAAGGACGACUCGCCGCUGGGUAUAGGACAUGACAAGGACGGGGUACCCGGAUCCUAUGAGUUGGACUCAGAGCGCAAAAUGGAGGACGACCUGGCAGUGUCUGCUUUGUUGCAGGAGAUGGGCGAUGAGAAUGACAUUGCAAUCGUCAAAGAUCAUCCGCCGGUAGAGGAAGAUCCCGAGUAUCUAGUGGAUCAGGCCCAGCAGGAUCAGGACCAUGAUCAGUCCCCGUCCGCUGAUGAGCCCGUCACACUCGAGCAGUCCCCGCGUGUCGGCUCUGAUGCGCAUUUUGUUGUUCAGGAUGAGGAGAGUUCGGGCUCGUUGCAGAUUGAUACCACGGAACAGGACAAUGUCGUAAACCAGGAAGCCAGCCCGGCAACCCCGACCCCAAUAAGAGCCUCUAGUUCGUUGGGUGGUCAGGACAAGCCCGUGCUGGCAUUCCAUGAAGCUCUCGCUUCACUGCAAGAGCCUCACGGUCAACAGGCACCUGUACACUCGCAUCAACAUCAACGAGAACAUGCUCGGGAACAGCAAACAUCCUCAACAACAAGCAUUUCACAGUGCUCGAAAUCGCCACGCGACGCGCUGAUUGAGAACCACUCACAAGACCGGCCAUUAACCCCGUGUAUCGACCUACACUCGAGCCCGCCGCUGCACAGCCACUCCGACAUAGAUAAGAUUUCCAGUCUAGGUCGCACUGCUCUUCCGGAUAAACCACUUAAAGACAAGGAGAUAGACCUCAGCAGCAGCAGCUGCAGUCUCAUCAAUCAAUCUUCAUCAAAACUGUUAGUUCCGCCUCCGGUUUCGCCGACUGUGGCCAACCCUGCGAUUCACAGUCAGGCAGAGGAUCUCUUCGAUGCCCUGCAGGCCGAGACAAAGGCCCGCACACCCGAACCGCCCACUCUGUCUCAUCAGAACAAUUUAUACCAGGUCCAAUUAUCCCAAUAUCCCAUCGCUGCCGUAUCCUGCAAAUCUCCAAUUCAGUCGCUAUUGGCUGGCUCCGCCGACGAUCGGUUGGCCGCUGGUGAUUCACUAUCGUCGUCGCCGACAAAGAUUAAGACUCCGUCGCCCGCUAAGUCAGAUUCGAGCAAACUCGAAAUUAUGGAGAGCCCAUUACACGAGCCGGACGACAAAGAGGUUUCUUCCGCACAACAGACUCCAGAAAAUAACAACAGCAGUAGUGACAACGCGGUAAACAAGGAACAGCCGAAGGAGCUUGACGCGGCCGAGGAGCGGGCAAACAAAGAUAAAGAUGAUACAAACGACAGCUCAAGCAAGGAUGAUGACUUCCACGAGUCGCACUCGACGCCCAUUCUGGAGAUUAUCGAGAACCUGUCAUCGCCCGUAGUGCACGCCAAGGACGACAAAGACGAUAUCGAAGCUCCAGACACGCCAGAGGGCACUCCUGCCGAGGCUCCCCCCGAUGAUAUGCCCUCGGAGUAUGAGCAUACCGAGGUCGAGGAGCAGCCUGAGGAGGAGGAUCGAGAUGAACGCGGAGACGAUCGCGAAGAACGUGAGCGCCGGCCCGCUCCACAGCUGCGGGGCAAGCGUGGCAAACGAGGUGGCCGUGGCGGUCGAGGCCGCAGCGGAGCUCGUCAGAGCCAGAAUCAGACCCACGAAGUAGCCGCUAACACGACGGUUGAACCCAAACGCCGAGGAGGUCGAGCCACUUCCGUGGAGAAACUCCGCCGCGGUUUACGAUCAGAGGACAGUGCAGCAACAGCUGCCCAGCAGCAGCAACAGGAGGCGGUCGCGAACGAUGCGAAGGCCGCAGACACUCCUGAGAUGGCGGUGACGUCUCAACUGCAGUCUCAGAAGCAACAGGACCAGGCCGCCGACUCCAGCUCUGCAGGAACAGCAGCCGAUAGGACCGCACUGGACAGACUUACGACCACAGCGUCCGUAUCGACAUCUGCGGCGACGGCAGUAGCAGCAACAGCUGCGACACCAGCGUCUGUUACCGAAGAUGAGCGGCCUCAACAGCAGAACAAGGGCCGCCCCACCCGCGCUGGCCGUGGCAAAAAGAACAAGCAGUCCCAGGAUAACGAUCAGGUAGCCUCGGUGGUCACAGCACCAUUAUUGUCUACAGCAACAACAAUAACAACUACAACAUCCGCAUCUGUAGCAGCAGUAGCUGCCGUCACCACCAUGGCAACAUCCGCAUCAGCAGAGGAGUUCCGAAGCGGUGUCACGAGCAGCGAGACAACCAGCACAAACAAAACGGAGAAGCCGUGCUUUAAUCGAGACGCUGGCCUGAAAAGGCCGGCAACGAGCUCAUUCGACGUUUAUGAGUUUAAGGACUCUGAUGAUGAUGAGGAUCCGUUCUCAGCGUUGCCAGCGAAUCAUGAGCAACAGCAAGCUGCGCCUACUGCGGUAAACACAUCUGUUGUCGGCGAGAAAGUCGCCGAUAAUAAUAAAAUUAUCGAUGGCAUUCGUGAGAAACAAGACAAAUUAGACAAAACGCUUGGCGGCAAGGAGGCCACCCCAGCGGUGUCAUCUACUGACGAGAAGGAGAUCAAGGAGCGUCGCUCAAGUGACGAGAAAGAGUACGUCGCCGAACCAUCGCAACACGGCAAGAUUUCACUUACUAUUCGACUGCAUAAGGACGGUCACGACCGUGCUGAAGUGGUCAAGAGUUCGGAGCCAAUUGACGAAGUCAAGCCGUCAGCACCGAAGCCAUCCGCACCCGUCGUGCAUGAAGAAACCAGCCAAAGCAGCGGAAAAACCCGAAAAUCUGCUCGACUCGCAGGAAAGAACACGGUCGAUGACACAAUUGACGAAGUUAUCGGAGGCAUGCCUGCGGUGGAGAUCGAGUCGCUACCGACGACCAGAUCAGGCCGGCCUCGACGGGGCGUCACGCGCAAGGAGCCAGAAGACAACACCAUGGCACAGACUGCCAGUGUCCAGGAGAGCUCCAAGGAAAAAGAGAAUAACGAGGUCGAGGUUCCGGAACCCGCCCCGCAACCGACGCAAACCCCAAAGAGCAACAGAAGAGGGGCCCGCCGUAAGCAAGAGGAACCGACAAAGAUCGAACUUCCAACAAAAGAGGUCAAGAUCGAGGAGGAACCAGCUGCACGAGAGCGUGCACAGUCGACUGUAGCCGAGGAAGAGGCUGUUGCCGCCGCCAACGACGUAAAAUUAGAACCGAAACAGGAGCAACCUGCCAUUGCUGAUCUGGCGGGCGUCAAAGUGUCCCCCCUGGACAGCGUUCCAAAGGAAACAACGGCAAAUGAAACUCCACCUGCCUCAGUCACACCACCGUCCAGGCCGCCUGUACUUUCUCACGCGCGUGCCUCACCUGACAGGGUUCUACCACCUACAGCUACACCGCCCACAGCCAGUCCCCCGAUGCCGGCAACAACCCCAACGGUCGUAGAGGAUACACCGUCGGUCGAGCUAAAGAAGACAACAGAGCCACAUCCGGUACCUGUGACAGCGGAAAACCCACCAACUGCUCAACCCACCAACACACAGGAACUAUUGAACCUUCCAAACCUACCGAAAGGCCUCACAGCAGCAUCUGUACAGAACCAAACAACGGCUGUUCAGAACCAAGCUCAAUCACACCAACAACAACAACAGCAGCAGCAACAGCAACAACAGCAAACACAGCCACAGCCAGUCCAACAAAACCAGCCUGCUCCUGGAACACAGUGGCCUGCCUGCGGGCCUAACACCGGCGUAAAUGUACCCGCACAAGGGUUUUCAUCUUAUCCUGUUCCAUCUGGCGGAUCUGGGACUCCUCCAGGUUUGCCACAUCACGCUAGCAUGGCCACUCUGCCUACGCAACAGCUCAGUCCCCGGCUGCCGGUGUCGUCAGCUUGCGUUGUUCGCUCGACAGACAACAAGGCUUUGCUGACACAGAGUGCAGUUCAGCAACAGCAACAACAACAGAACCAAGUGCCACCCAGGCUCGAAAUUCCACCCGAGAGUAUCCAAAAGCAAAUUGUAGGACAUCCAUCUCCGUACGGAGUUGCCGGAAGAAGUGCGAAUACCCGUACGCCCCCAGCGCCCACUCAAAGUGGUCAAGUCAAUGUUGUAGUGUCACAGGCUAGUACAAACUCUGUACAAGCUUCCACUCCACCGGCGACCAGAACACCCCAGCAACAACAGCAGGCCCAAUCCACAGCUAAGAAAGCGAUGUCUACAGGAACGAAGACCGCCAUGCCCACUGGAUUUGCUUUCGACCAAGUGCCCGGAACAUCUGGCGUAGGUGUCGGGCCUGCAGGUGCCGGCAGCGGUGUCAUAGCGGAACUUCUGCAAAAUUCCCAGUUUAUACCUAAGGAUUAUUUGGCUGUGGCGGCGCAGCUUGCCGCCCAGGCUGCUCGUCAAGGAAAUCAAAGUGUAACAGGUAACCCGACUCCCCCGCAUACGCCGACACCUCCACAGGAGCUCUUGAAUGCCAUGCGGGGCCAAGCGGGUAGCGCCCCGCAGAACAUGCUGGUACCCAACCCACUUGGUCUGUCACCUAACGACUUGUUGGUGCAUCAACAAUUUAUGUAUGCCGCAGCCGCCAACCACCCCGCGUAUGCGGCUGACCUGCGUGCACUGGGCUUAGGGUCUCGAUUCCCCUAUCCAGCCAUGGCAGGCUUCCGGCCUCCGCCCGAUCCUAAAGAGAAGGAAAAAGAACAUGAAGCACUGAGUAAACCCAAGGUAAAAGGCGCCCAGGCCCACCAACAGCAAGAGCAGCAACAGUCUGGCAAGCCCUCCAGUGGUCCACCGCCGCCAACAUCCUCAGCGGAAAUGCUCAGUCGUUUAGGCGUAACGCCCGGUGGUGGUUACCGCGCUGCCGCAAUCCACCAACUCGGCCAGCAGCUUCCUAUACCCAGCGCAUGUUCGAGCGACGCGCAGGCCAGUCCCUAUGGACGAGCUCCGACCCACGUUAAGGCGACGGAGAGCGAGCUCAAACAACCGCCAGCGGCUCAUCAGAACCACCAGUAUCCGAUGGCUGUUGGCUCGCCGAGUCCUGGCUUCAUGCAGCAUUCCGCCAGUGGUGGGGCGCUCGCCCUCAAGAAGGAGUUGGCUGCCCAGGCGCAAGCUCAGGCCCAACAGCAGCAGCAGCAGCAACAGCGUGAGCAACAGGAAGCGCUGCUUAAGAAGACUGGCCGCUUUGGAGGACGUGCUCUUGAAACCUCGACGCUCCACGGACCGCCACCGGCGCAUGCGCUCGCCCAACAGCCCGCGGUAGCUCGAAGUCAACCACCCACGCCGCAGACGCCGCCACACGGAAGUGUUGUACCACCACCGACUGGUGAAGUGCAAAUGCUUUCUAGGUAUCCCGUCAUGUGGCAGGGCCUCCUGGCCCUCAAGAACGAUCAGGCUGCUGUGCAGAUGCACUUUGUAUCAGGCAACUCGCGAAUAGCACUCAGCUCUCUGCCGGCGCUCGGACCCGACGGUGGACCUGCGCCAGUACGCAUCGCACAGCGUAUGCGACUCGAGCCUGCCCAGCUCGACGGCGUAGCGCGGAAGAUGCAACAUCCAGAGGAACACUGCAUUUUGCUAGCACUGCCCUGUGGACGCGAUCAUAUCGAUGUGAUGCAGCAGUCGCAUAAUUUGCGUAGCGGCUUCAUAAACUAUUUGUCGUCGAAACAAGCAGCCGGCAUUGUCAACGCUGGCUCGCAACCCGGAACCGGCCAGCCUGCGUACGUCAUUCAUAUCUUCCCGACCUGCAGUUUUUCACACGAGAAUCUAGUCCGCAUUGCGCCAGACCUACUGCAGAGCGUAACUGACAUCGCUCAUUUGAUGGUCGUGGUUGCAACCGUCUAAGUAAAAAACGACCUCAGGCAUCGACGACGACGACGACGACGACGAAGAUAAACACAGAACGAGACAAAAAAGAAACAGCAACUGAAUUGCGCCAUAUUUUCAACGGUCGCAUACACGGCCCAUAGUAGCAGUCGACGGUAUCGCCAUCGAAACGCUAUCAGCGACCCUAAAUUUGAUCGGGACACAAACGAAAACAUCGCGAAAUUACCAGGCUGUCAGUUUGAGCACGUGGAAUCAUCUACGUCACGUCGCGAUCGAUCAGCUGCUAAGUCCUUCCAACGAAAGACCAUCUAAGUGGGGUACGCUUUACCAUCCACACGUAAUUCUAGUCCACAUUGCUGAGCACUGCCGUCCCAUGAAGAAACGUUCAAUUGCGAACGGGGUAACUGUCCAAAACAAAAAGAUCAAGAGUCCUUCCUUCCUUCCUUCCUUCCUCUAAACUCUUCAGCAAGAGUUUACUGCAAAGUGCAAAAGGUAACGAUGAACAGGAUCGAUGAAGACAACGAGAUGAAGCUAACAACCGAUUGCUGCUACCGCUUCCGCUAUACAGCCAAUGAUGAUUUCUAAUAAUGGUGAUUUUGACAUUCGUGUUUGCCCUAAAAAGUUCUACCGUCAGCUAUGUCGUGGGGUAUGACACGAUUGCCACGACGCGCUAACAGAUUUCAACCAUGUAAUUUCAUCGUAUUUCAUCCAUUAUACAAAUUCAUAGGUUCAACAAUUCACUCAUUCAACAACAUAGCGUAUAUUUCACCCCUUAUCGUGUAUUACACAGAACCAUUACACAUAUGCAUAAGUACAUAAGCAAGCUCACGUCUCAUCGUAGCCUAUGUACCGUCGUGAUGCCCGACAUAUUGGUAUAAAUAUAUAUAUAUAUAUAUAUAAAUAUAUAUAUAUAUAUAUAUAUAUAUCUCUAUGAAAUAAAUGAUGUAAAGAAAACAACGAGGAGAGGAUGCAAAAAAGUGAAACUGAUGUUACAAUAGAAACGAAAAAUAUUGUCAUAAUAUUAUUAUUAUUAUUAUAAACCUAUAUAUAAGAUGAACAUAAAAGAGUGUAGAAAAAAAGGUAAUAAUAUUGAGAAGGGGACGAGAGGAUAUAAAUAUAACGGAUAUUAGUAAUAACGCUACGGUGCUCCAGAGACCAGCAAGGUUAUCAUAGAAAUGAAACACUUGUAGAGAACUAAAUAACGAUACUCUGUGUGAAACUGAUCGAAGAAAGCGGAUUGUAAUAAGUGUGUAAGAAACUGCGAGCAGCAGAUGACGAUAACGAGAAAGAGGAAUGAAUCAAUAUAUGCGACGCUCACAUCAAGCACGACUCGACCCCGGCCAUUAACACAGCCUGGGGACCCCUUGUGUAUCUUGUACAAUAUCAGUUCAACUUUAUCUAGGUAAGCUAUUAUAUAUAUAUAUAUAUAUAUAUAUAUAUAUAUAUAUAUAUAUAUAUAUAUAGAGCAGCAAUGUGCUUUUGUUUUGUUAAAGUUAAAGUUCUAUUCACCAAGUAUCAAACAACAACAACAACAACUACACGAACAGGGGACGUCACACGAAACAAAGAACCCGAUAACAUAAAAAAGGGAUGACAUUUCGAAACAAGACAAAUUUCCAUACAGAUAUAUAAACACGGAAAGAGAGAAA